AGGAAAAAAAAAAGAAAAAAAGAAGAAGCUUUUGCUUCUGUUCCUUAGGGAGGGAAACAAGUAGCAUCUUUGAAGAAGAGAAGCAGAGAGAAAACAGAGAAAAGAAAGAGGAAGCGCUUCUGUUGGCCACAUUAGAAAGCCAAAACGGCUGCACCCACCACCAGAAUUCCCCAGAAACCAAAACCCCCUUUUCUCUCAUUUUUCUCUUCUCUCGCACAUAAAAACAGUGUGCUGGUUCUAUAAUCUGCAGAAGCUGUUACAGCUCUCUCCGUGUCACUAUCACCGUCCAAAACCUCUCUUAUUUCAAAACCAACGAAAAACAGAGUUAAAAAAAUAAAGAGACCCGAAAGCUAAGGCAUCUCUAAUCAGCCGUUUCUGUGAAAAACUCAUCACUCAUUUUACACAAAUGCACGCACCUGAUGCAGAUGCAGCCCAUGAUGGCAGCCUAUUAUCCAAAACAACGUCACUACUGAUCACAUUCAACAGUAUCUGGAUGAGAACAAGUCACUGAUUUUGAAGAUUGUUGAAAGCCAAAACUCAGGAAAAUUGAAUGAAUGUGCAGAGAAUCAAGCAAGGCUACAGAGGAACCUCAUGUACCUGGCUGCCAUUGCUGAUUCUCAACCUCAACCUUCUGCCAUGCAUGCCCAGUACUCUUCCAGUGGCAUAAUCCAACCAGGAGGGCAUUACAUUCAGCACCAACAAGCCCAGCAGAUGACGCCACAAUCGCUGAUGGCUGCCCGGUCCUCUAUGUUGUACACCCAGCAGCCGUUUUCGACACUGCAGCAGCAAGCUUUGCACGGUCAACUUGGGAUGAGCUCUGGAGGAGGCCUAGGAUUCAACAUGCUGCAAAACGAUGCUACCAAUGCAGGAGGAGGCAAUGGAGGAGCACUCGGAGGAGGAGGCUUUCCAGAUUUCGGCCAUGGUGCUGCAGGUGAGAGCUUGCACCGGAGCCUAGCUGGUGGGAGCAAGCAAGAUAUGGGAGGAACCGGGUCUGCCGAGGGACGAGGAGGGAGCUCCGGAAGCCAUGGCGGUGACGGAGGUGAGACUCUCUACUUGAAAUCAGCUGAUGAUGGGAACUGAAAGUAUGAAAAAAAAAGAUGCUUUGUUCAGGGAGUUGAUGGUAGAAAACUAGGUACAACAGAAAUUAGGAAGAUAAAACAAGAGAAGAAACCCUUCUUACUAAAAAAGCACUUGCUUUUAUCUUAUGUGUAAACAAUGGUGUGAGGAUUCAAACCUCAUAAAACUUUGACCUUUGGGUGUCCUUUUUCCAUGUUAAGAUAUGUGCUUGUAGUGUGUAUUAUGUAAAUUUUCUUCUCUUGUUCUGUGCUAUGUGAUCUUGCUACUUUUUUUUA